AUUCAUCAGACUACGUCGCAUCUCUAAUCGUCAAGAUGGAUAAAGUUUCAGCAUUCGGAAAGAACUUCACGGCCUCAUUCACACCAUUCGCCGCCCGCACACAGCAAUAUGUGAAGGAACAGCUUGGACAGGCUGAGGAUAAGACCCAACUUCCCCCUGAUUACAUUGAAUUGGAGAAGAGAGUCGAUGCCUUGAAGCAAGUUCACCAGAAGAUGCUACAAGUCACAUCCCAAUACUCCCACGAAGCAUACGAUUACCCUGCAAACAUCAAGGAAAGCUUCGGUGAUCUCGGUCGCACAGUCAGCGAGAAAGUCCACCUUCUAUCUACUGCCACCUCCCCUGCCGAAGCUCAAGCUGCUCUCACUGCUCCUCCCUCUGCGAAGCCACAACCCAAGACAUUCAACCAUGCCAUCGCGCGUGCCAGUCUGGCAAGCAGUCAACUCCUCCAACAACAAAACUCUGGGACUGGAGAGGAUCCCCUUGCUACGGCUUUGGAGAAGUAUGCAUUGGCUAGUGAGCGUGUAGGUGAGGCUAGACUUGCUCAAGACUCCCAAAUCCAGAGCCGUUUCCUUGCUGGUUGGAGCACGACUCUGAAUACGAACUUGAUGUUCGCAACCCGUGCCAGAAAGAGUGUCGAAAACUCAAGACUGAUGCUCGAUGCCGCCAAGGCAAAGGCUAAGACUGGCGGGUGGAAGCUUCCAGGGCAGAAGCCUACUGACCAUGAUGGCGAGGAUCCUUCAGAGGAGGCUAGAGUUGAGAUUGAGCAGGCUGAGGAUGAGUUUGUUGGUCAAACUGAAGAAGCUGUUGGCGUCAUGAAGAAUGUUCUCGAUACCCCAGAACCCCUUCGUAACCUUGCUGAUCUGAUUGCCGCCCAACUCGAAUACCAUAAGAAGGCAUAUGAGAUCCUCAGCGAGCUCGCGCCCGUUGUCGAUGGUCUUCAAGUUGAGCAAGAAGUACGUCGGUCCGAGGCAUUCUCCGCUUGAUAUGGUCGCUGAUGAAGCAUUUGCAGGCCAGCUACCGAAAGAGUCGUGAAGGAGCGUAGAAUUUGCUCUGACUGGGGUGGCAGGAGACACAAGACUCAUUCUCGUCAACGAGAAGCAGUGCGCAUCUGUUUUGAAUCUUUUCGCGGAGGG